AUGCCAACACAACAAUUCUCAGCGCCAGGACAGGCGGUUGAAGAGGCCAAGGCUGGUGGUCACCAUGCCCACGGCACCCACAACUACCCGGACCCUCUGACACACAUCGAUCGCACCUCGUGGGACGUCACCAUCAUCGGUGCUGGCCCGGCUGGUUUGAUGCUGGCUACCUCUCUCGCUCGCUUUGGCGGCUUUGAUGUGCUUGUUCUCGACGAGCGUUCCGAGCCCACCACUGCGGGUCGUGCUGAUGGCAUUCAGCCACGUACCAUCGAGGUGCUGCGCAACAUGGAGCCCCUUGGAUCCGAGUUCUUUGAGCGCAGCGCUCCGUCGUACGAGCGAACGUUUUGGGAUCCUCGUUCCGAUGGCCAACGCGGCAUCGAGCGUACCCGUCGUGUGCAGUCUUUCCCCACCGACAUGGAGAUCCAGGACAAUUGCACACUUGGUCUGCAGCAGGGUCUCAUCGAAGGCGGCUUUCUCCGAGACAUGGAGCGCCACGGACAGCGUGUCACUCGUCCUUGGGCUUACCAGAACUUUGAAAUGACUGACGACCCAACUUACCCCGUCACAGUCACGUUGGAAAAGAUGAAACCCGUCAUGGAGUCGACCAACGAGGGGGGCGCGCCCAUCAGCAUCAUCAAGCCCACUGGCGAAACCAAGACGAUUCGCACCAAGUACCUGGUCGGGUGCGACGGUGGUAGAUCGCGACUGCGAAAGACGCUCGAGGAACGUCACGAAUUUACUUUCAACGGUGACUGGGUCGACACGCUCUGGGCUGCGCUCGACUGCGUUGUCGAGACCAAUUUCCCCGAUGUGCGCAAGAUUGCCGCUAUUCACUCAAAGAACCACGGCGCGCUCUACAUUUUCCCGCGAGAGAACAACGAAAAGGGACAGCCGAUCAUUCGAUGCUACACUCAGGUCAAUCGCCUUGGCGGCGAAAAGAGCAAGGAGUCGGCACUCGAUGCACGAGACAAGGUGACCGCUGAAAUGGUCAUGACGGCGAUCAAGGAGAUUGCCUACCCGUACAAGUUCGACUUCAAGGUUGUCGAAUGGUUCACAUGCUACCCGAUUGGUCAGCGUUUGAUUUCAAGAUACUCGCUUCCUGCAGGCAAGACUGCCGACGGCGCUUCGUUUCCUGGUCACCGUGUGCUUCUUGCCGGUGAUGCAUGCCACACGCACUCACCCAAGGCCGGUCAGGGUAUGAACACUGCCAUCAUUGACUCGCAGGCGUUAGCUUGGAGGAUCAAUUUGGUGGAGAAGGGACUGGCGGAUCCCGAGAUUCUUUUGGCGACCUACCACGCUGAGCGACAUGCUACGGGCAAGCAGCUGAUCGACUUUGAUUCAGAGUACUCGGCAUUGUUCUCGGGCGAAGUGCCCAAGAGUACGCCUGAGGUAGCAACGAUGACGGAUGCGGAGAAGCGCGAGCACUUUAUCAACAUUCAGCGCCGAAACGCGGCUUUCACGACGGGUGCUGGUGUAUUGUACGCCGAUAAUGUGCUCAACUACCGCGACCCGUCAAAGUUGGGUGUAGCCAAGAUCACGGACAAGCUCGAGCCUGGUCGUAGAUUGCAGCCUGCAUGGGCUACGCGAUGGUCGAAUUCGCAGCCAGUGCGCAUGAUCCACGAGAUCCAGUUUACCGCCCCUGGCGGGUUUCGAUUGUACGUGUGCGGUGGCGACCCGAACAAGAACAUGCGUCACCUGGAGGCGUUUGCCAAUCACCUUGCUUCGCCCCAUUCGUUUGUCAACCGCUUCCGCGCCAACCAGCGUGCGAUGCUGUUGCAGAACAAGGCAUAUCACCAACUCCCCACCUCGCUCAAUACUGGUUUGACCGAAGGGUUCGCCUCAGAGGCCAACCCGUUCUUCCACAUGCUCCUCAUUGUGCGUUCGCAACGUUUCAACGUUGAGCUGGAGCACUUCCAGCACCUGGGUGCGCUCAAGAGCAUGCUCUACUGCGACGACAUCGAAGCCGGACAUGGUGCAUUCAAGGUCACGCUUGACGACCAGUUUGUUGGUGGUCUGCACGAUAAGUGGGGUCUGCCAAAUGGUGGGAUUGUCGUAGUAAGGCCAGACGGCUACGUCGGAAUGGUCGCGCCGAUUGACCAAGGUCAGACGGGCUUUGAAAGCAUCGAAAAAUACUUUGAUGGCUUCUUGAAGAGUUCCGCUGUUUCAGUCCAGAGGACCAGGCUGUAA